CCGGUGCGGGCUCAAUGGCGGCGGCGGUGCGAGAUUGUGAGGAGAUUUAAAACUAGCGAAGAAUUUACUAACGGUUUUAAUUCAAAGAGCCGGGGGAGCGGUGUUGGGCAAGUAUCGAACGGCAUUAAGUACCACCGCCCCAAACGCUCGGUGCCGGGGGGUUCCAGGCGCCAUGGCUGGGGACAGGCCCUCGCUCACCGUCGUCUACCAGGCCGUCAAGGCACUUUACCAUGACCCGGACCCGGCCGGCAAGGAGCGCGCUUCCGUCUGGCUCGGCGAGUUCCAGAGAUCGAUGUAUGCCUGGGAAAUUGCUGAUCAGUUGCUGCAGUUGCAACAAGAGGUGGAGCUCUGCUAUUUUGCAGCACAGACAAUGAAGAUGAAAAUUCAGGCAUCAUUUAAUGAACUUCCACCUGAAACGCAUGCAUCUCUGCGAGACUCGCUGCUCACCCACAUUCAAAACUUGAAAGAUGUGUCUCCUGUAAUUGUUACACAGCUGGCACUGGCGAUUGCAGAUCUUGCCUUGCAAAUGGCCUCGUGGAAAGGAUGUGUGCAAAUGCUAACUGAAAAGUAUAGUAAUGACCCAUCAUCCCUUUCUUUCCUGUUGGAAAUCCUGACCGUCCUUCCAGAGGAGGUUCAUAGUCGCUCUCUUCGAAUAGGAGCCAACCGCCGCACAGAAAUAAUCGAGGAUCUGGCGUACUCCUCGAGCACUGUGGUAUCACUGCUGGCAGCCUGUACAGAACGUAGCGGCAAUGAGGAGAAGACUCUGAUUAAGGUGUUCCGAUGCUUGGGGAGUUGGUUUAACUUGGGUGUGUUGGACAGCAACUUCAUGGCAAAUAAUCGACUGCUACUAAUCCUCUUUCAGGUCUUGCAAUGUGAUGAUACCUCAACAAACCUGCAUGAGGCUGCAUCUGACUGUAUCUGUUCAGCACUGUAUGCCAUUGAGAAUGUAGAGACAACCCUACCUCUUGCUCUGCACUUAUUCCAAGGUGUUUUAACUUUAGAAUCUGCAUAUCACAUGGCUGUAGCACGUGAGGAUCUGGACAAGGUUCUGAAUUAUUGUCGGAUUUUUACUGAGUUAUGUGAGACAUUUCUAGAGACUAUUGUACAGACCCCAGGACAAGGGCUUGGAGACCUGCGGACACUGGAACUGCUAUUGAUUUGUGCAGGGCAUGCGCAAUACGAGGUGGCAGAGAUUAGCUUUAACUUCUGGUAUAGAUUGGGCGAACAUCUCUACAAAAUGAAUGACCCAUCUCGUCAUGCUGUCUUUCGUCCAUACAUUCAGCGAUUGCUUCAUGCCCUGGCUCGACACUGCCAACUAGAAUCAGAUCAUGAAGGAAUUCCAGAAGACUCUGAUGAUUUUGGGGAGUUCCGGAUGAGGGUGUCUGAUCUUGUGAAGGAUGUGAUAUUCCUGGUUGGUUCGAUGGAAUGUUUCACGCAGCUCUAUUCCACAUUGAAAGACAGUGGGCCAUCCUGGGAGAUCACUGAAGCUGUCCUUUUCAUCAUGGCUUCCAUAGCGAAGAGUGUAGAUCCUGAUAAUAAUCCUACCUUGGCUGAAGUGCUUGAAGCUGUAGUUCACCUCCCAGACACUGUGCACAUGGCAGUCCGAUUCACUAGCAUUGAACUGGUUGGAGAACUGAAUGAAGUCGUUGAUAGAAAUCCCAGAUUUUUAGAUCCAGUGUUAAAUUAUUUAAUGAAAGGACUACGGGAGAAAGAACUUGCAUCAGCAUCAGCCAAAGCCAUUCAAAAUAUCUGUUCCUCCUGCCGUGAUCACAUGACUCAGCACUUUGAGGGCCUCCUGGAAAUUGUUCGUUCCCUCGAGACAUUCAGCCUCUCUCACGAAGCUGCCAUUGGCCUCUUGAAAGGCACAGCACUUGUUCUUUGCCGGCUCCCUUUGGAGAAGAUCACCGAAUGCCUCAGCGAGUUGUGCGCUGUACAAGUGUUGUCACUGAAAAAGCUCCUUGCACAAGAGCCUGCCAAUGGCCUUGCUACAGACCCCACCAUAUGGUUGGAUCGGUUGGCUGUUAUUUUUAGGCACACAAACCCUAUUGUUGAAAAUGGUCAGACGCAUCCAUGUCAGAAGGUGAUACAUGAAAUCUGGCCUGUCUUAUCUGAAACCUUGAACAAGCAUCAAGCUGACAAUCGAAUUGUGGAGCGCUGUUGUCGUUGUUUGCGUUUUGCUGUCCGAUGUGUAGGGAAAGGGUCAGCUGCAUUACUUCAGCCCUUGGUCACUCAGAUGGUGAAUGUGUAUCGUGUACAUCCACAUUCUUGCUUCCUCUACCUGGGCAGUAUCCUGGUUGAUGAAUAUGGAAUGGAAGAAGGCUGCCGACAAGGACUUCUGGACAUGGUACAGGCUUUGUGCAUGCCAACAUUUCAACUGCUCGAACAGCCAAAUGGCCUUCGGGAUCACCCAGACACAGUGGAUGAUCUUUUCCGUUUAGCAACCAGAUUUAUUCAACGGAGCCCAACCACGCUUUUGCAGAGCCAGAUCAUUAUUCACAUCCUGAACUGUGCCAUUGCAGCUGUCAUUCUUGACCACCGGGAUGCCAACUGCAGUAUCAUGAAGUUCUUGAGGGAUCUUAUCCACACAGGUGUUGCCAAAGAUCACGAGGAUGACUUUGAACUGCGGAAGGAACUAAUCAAACAGGUGAUGACCCAACAUGGUCAACAACUGGUCAAUCAACUGCUCCAGGCUGUGUGCUUCUGCCUUCCCCCGUAUACUUUGCCAGACCUAGCAGAGGUUAUAUGGGAAAUCAUGCAAAUCGACAGAGCGACCUUUUGCCGAUGGUUGGAGGUUUCACUCAAGUCAUUACCAAAAGAGACAGCAGGGGGUGCUAUCACAGUAACACACAAGCAGCUGACUGACUUCCACAAGCAAGUCACCAGUGCUGAUGAAUGUAAGAAAGUUUGCUGGGCUUUGAGAGAUUUCACACGCCUCUUCCGAUAGCUGUGUUCACAAAUCCAUGACUUGCAUCAGUCUCCCAGAGGACUGUGUCUCAAAAACAAGACUGGAAAUGCAAAUCAAAAUGAACCCAAAAUGCCAUGGCCGGUUCCCAGCGAGAGCAAACGGGGCAAAAAAUCACAAGCAGAGGUCUGUAGACUGGGAGAGAAGUGCCAAACUCCCUACUGCAUAACGCCACAUAGGUGCAGCCUGCCUGGCAUUGUGCAUCAGGGCAUGCAGAGAUGGGAUAGUCCAGGAUUUUUUGCCCCCCUCCCAGCUUCAAGAUGGCUUCAGCAGAGGAUCAACAGCAUGCCAAAAUGACAGGUGGUGAAAAUUAUGUUGCCUCAGCUUGUAUGUAAAAGGAGGAUCUAGAAUAAACCAGCUUUUAAAAUCAGCCAGAGUUCCUUCAGGGAGGAGUUUGUUUUUUUUGGGAGGGAGGGGAGGGUGGGAUGGGGCUGGGAAGAUUAUUGUGCAUAGCACAAGAGACUUUCUUAAUGAUUUCUAAAAUGAAAAUCAUAUUUAGUGUUCAUGAUUAAUGGACAAAUGACAGAAGGGGUUAUGAAACCUCAGCUGUGUCUCAACUUAAAAAAAAAAAUUAGGAAGAGCAUUGAUAAAAGAAAUGGAGCCAUGGAUCUCUGGGAUGUGGAGUUGUGGAUCUGAGCCCAACCUUGCGUGAGGAGGGUGUGGAUGAGUUUCCAUUGGUUGUGAAGAUAUUGACUGAGACCAAGUAGCAGGUCAAUAAAAACAAAAAAAGUGUGAAGGGGUGGGUGGGCAGUGGCUGUUUACAUAAGCGUACAUGGACAGCACUGUUGAGCUGGGUGUGAAGGAUGGGAGUCCUGGGAGUUGGCGGGUAGAAGGUAAUUCAUUGGGAAGUGAGUGCGCGAGUGCUGUUCCGUCUGGUGUUGUAACCAUCUCGAGAACAAUUAAAAAAAAAUAAACAAUA